AGCAAGCAUGGCGACGUCCGCCGCAGUUCGAUUUCUACCAAGAAACUUCCACAUGUUCCAGCCUUCUCUUGCAUGCUGGAGAUGCACAGUUGUGCAUAAGAGAGAGCUUAGGACACAAGGGUUUGAUGGCAGGAGUAGUCUGUUACGGACUUGCAUUGGAAAACAAUUUGAUGGAUCCAUUCAUACGGCAUCCUCCAGACUGAUUCACGCAAGUUCAGCUUUCUCAGCUAUGUCUGAUCCAUACAAAGUACUUGGAGUUGCAAAGAAUGCCUCGCAAAAGGAUAUCAAGAAAGCUUACUAUGAGUUAGCAAAGAAAUAUCAUCCGGACAAGAACAAAAACAACAAAGAAGCUGCCAAGAAAUUUGCAGAAAUAGCUGAAGCAUAUGAGGUAUUAGGAGACGACAGUAGGAGGCGUGAAUAUGAUACGAUGGGAGCAGCUGGAUUUGGAGGCAGUGGAGGUGGAUUCCAGCAAGGUCAACAAUGGCAACAAACAAAUAUAGAUCCAGAGGAACUCUUCAGGAAGAUCUUUGGCAAUGCUGGAUUUGGAGGAGGCAAUAGCGGGGCGUCUUUUGGCGAUUCGGUGUUUGGUGGAUUUGACAGAGGUCAUGAGGUUAUGAUGGAUCUAACAUUUAGCGAGGCUGCAAGAGGUAUUAAUAAAGAAGUGAGUGUUUCCAUGGAAGAUGCUUGUGAUCGUUGUAAAGGAAACAGAGCGGAACCAGGCUCCAAAAUAGUCCGUUGUCACCACUGCAAUGGAACGGGGCAGGAAACCAUCAACACGGGUCCUUUUGUUAUGCGAACAACCUGUAGACAAUGCCGAGGGACUCGUACGUUAAUUACUGUACCAUGUAUGACAUGUAGAGGUGCAGGGACCACUAUGCAACGCAAGAAAGUCACUGUGCCUGUACCAGCAGGUGUUGAGGAUGGGCAGACAGUACGUAUGCCAGUAGGUAACAGAGAGCUCUUCAUAACAUUUAAAGUAGCUCGUAGUGAUACAUUCAGGAGAGAUGGUGCUGAUGUACAUUCAGAUGUCACUAUAAGCUUCUCACAGGCAGCGCUUGGUGGCAGUCUAAAGAUCAAAGGCAUCUAUGAUAGCAUACAUCUCAAUAUACCAGCAGGUACACAGUCCCAUACCCGGAUACGUCUACCAAGUAAAGGCAUCAGUAGAGUCAAUGGUUAUGGUUAUGGUGAUCACUAUGUUCAUAUCAAGAUUAAAGUUCCCAUUAAAUUAACCAAUAAACAGAGGGCGGUAUUAUUAGCAUUUGCUGAAGAGGAGACUGGAGUGUCAGGAGCUGUAGAUGGGACAACCAAGACAAGCGAUGGAGCCAAGAUAGCUACAUUAGAUCCAGAGGGUCUCGUCAGUCAGCUACGUGCUGCGUUACACACCAAGGUGGUGAGUUCAGAAAUACCAACACACAAAGUAGCUAACGAUAUUAAUGAGACUGAAAAGGACACCACGAGGAAGUCAUCCAAAUCAUAACAUUAUUAUUAAUCAAUGAUUAGAUUAGACUGGGCCCAAUUUCACGGCUCUGCUUACCGCCGAAAUUUGCGCUUACGAUGACCAUUCUCAGCUUACGUGCAAGCGCCGACUUUCUGUGCUAGCUGUGUAAGCGUAGAAUGCCUAGUAACGUGGAGUAUGCACGCGCACAAGAAAAAUUCCCAGCUAACCCGUGAAUCAAGCUUGAUGUAAGCACAGAAUUCCCUGCUUCCGUAAGCACGAUUCUUUGCUUACUGCAGGCAUACAACUUUUCCUCGGAUUAGCUGAUUUCCUCUUUUUUAAUCUCAGUUUUACCAUUCAAAUUGAAAAAAAAAAAAUAUA